CCUCCCAUCUCUGCCCUUUAUAUUUCAUUUCCUUCUUCUUGUAGUAUAGUCACACUCUUAGCUCAAGUGGCUAACUUGCAUUAUAGUUCAUGGCAGGCAAGGAAAAGAGUGAGACUCAGCUGCAUGGUUGUGAACCUUGCAGAUCGUUUGGGCAGAAGUGCAGCCAUUUGGUGAAGAAGCAGAGGGGCAAAUUCUAUAUCGUCAGGCGUUGCAUAGCCAUGCUUAUUUGCUGGCAUGAGCGUGAGCGCGGCGAGCCUUGAAGUAUUGUCUCAAGAAUCUUGAAUUAUAUGUAUCUAUCUAGCUAUAAGAGUGUAAUUAAUAGAACUACUUAAUUUUAUAUGUUGCUAUCAUUAUUUCGUAGUGUUCAUAAACUCGGCUUCCUGUUAUGAAUUCUGGAUCUAUCCAUCUGUUGAGUUAAAUCUUAAAUUAAUCCAUAUAUAUUUCUUUUUUCUUUC